UCCAGCAAAGCAACCGAACAAACGCAUGCAGGCAUCCCUCCCACGUCGACCAAAGCGGAAGAACACCCAUGGCGAGCCCCGCCGCGCUCUCGCCACGCCCGAUCCUGGCGUCCUUCUCCCUCCUCCUACUCUGCCUCGCGCCGCUGCGGCCCACGACCGCGCAGCAGCAAUUCCCCACCGUGCCGAUACCGGCGUUCAUGUUCACGUGGCUGGACGACAGGGGGUCCUUCCGCGCCGGCGACACCGCCGUGGUCAUGAUCAAGUCUUACUACGUCUCCGGCGCCAACGUCUCCGCGGUGCGGCGCUCGGGGGCCUUCAAGGUCACCCUGCUCGGCAAGGCCGGCAACAGCACCUACCUCGCCGACGUCGCCGCCCACCUCGAGGGCGACCUGCCGUCCUGGAACAUCACCCUCGUCCCGCUGCGCGCCGGGGACUUCGUCGCGCUCUUCGAGGAGGAGCGGUUCGCCAUCGGCGUCUCGACGCUCAACUUCGCCGUCGCCGCACGGGACGUGCACCCGUCCGCCUCCCUGGCCUCCUGGGUGUACUUCAGCGGCCACGUCGUCGCCGGGUCCAAGGCGUUCGUGUCGGUCGUCCCCAGGGACGCGUUCGGCAACGCCGUCCCGCCGGGAACCGCCAUGCCCGGCGGCGACGGCUACUUCGCCGUGUCGUGGUCCUACGUGAACGGGACGCCCGUGGAGUUCUCGGGGUUUCAGUACAAUGGCUGGACGGAGGACGGGUCCAUCAGCCUCGAGUUCGCGCCAACUCUUGCCGGUGACUUCCUGGUGCACGUCCAUGGCGACAGCAAGAAACUGCGGGGCUCGCCAUUGCUGCUGACAGUGAAGCCAGGACCCAUCGACAUUGCGAAAAGCACGGCCGAAUGGAAGCACGGAAUAAACGUUGUGCAGAUAUUUUCUAGGCUGGAGAUCUUCAUAAACCAGAAGGACUCGUUCGGAAACCUUGUUCCGGAGAUCCAACCAUUUGAUGCUGCAGUGGUGGACAGGGCCUCAAGGCUGUCGGUCCCGGUAGGAGGCCUUCGGAUCGAAGCUGUCGCCGAGGGAAUUCAGCGGCUCUCCUUCGACGUCGUCGAGCCUGGGGAGUUUCUGCUCACAAUCUUCGAUACCCGGCUGAAGCAGAGGCUCUACGACGUGUAUCAUGUCUUUGUAGGGUAUUGCGAUGGAUCGAAAAGCAUCGUUAAUGGUUCUGGUUUGGUGCAAUCUGUUGCUGGCUCACCAUCAUCCUUCAUGGUUUACCUGGAGGAUAAGUAUCGAAGCCCUUCUCCGGUUGAUACCGAAAUGCUGCGAGUGCAGAUUCUGAGCAGAAAUGGCACGUCUGGUGUACACCCAGAUAUAACACCUGUAAGAGAACCAAAUGGUAAAUGCUAUAAGACCAUCUUUCCUAAUUCCAGUUCAAAAGAGACAACAUCCAUGGAUGGACAAACCAGUAAUUUCAAUGUUUCCUAUACUCCUGAAAUUGCCGGCGAUUAUGAAACUUGGGUGCUGUGCGGGAACAUAGCGCUGAAUGAUGGAAAGCCCUAUACCAUGACAGUCUCACCAGGUGCAGUUGACACAUCUUUAUCAAGUGCUCCAAUGUUUGAUCCAAGAGUCAAAAGAUCAGUCAAGAAUAAUGUAACUGUUCGACUUGUUGACUCCUUCAUGAACCCAGUGGUAUCUCUGGAGCCAAAACUGAGGCUUCAACUAACAUCGGCAAAUAUAACGGCCCCGAUGAACACUUCGAGCUUCACCGCAGGGGAAUUUGUCAACAACAAAGAUGGAUCAUAUACUGCUCAUUAUGUGGCAAAAUUUCUUGGUUUAUAUGGCAUGUGUAUUGUGUUUGACAACAGGCAGCUGACUCCUUGUCCAUUCCAGGUCCUUGUUCUUCCCGAUGAAUACUUUUCUGAAGUUCAAGAUGAUAACAUUUCAGUUUGGGAGGAUGAAUCCGUUUCCUUUGAUAUAUUGUCAAAUGACUACAUUGCAGGAGGACUAGCUGACGUAGUUAAUUUAUCUUCACCGCUCCAUGGAGCAGUCCUACAGUACAACCCAGGCUAUCGGUACACACCUUUUGAACGGUUUUUUGGGAAUGACUCGUUCUCAUACACAGUAUAUGACAAGCAUAGCAACGUUGUCAGUGGCACGGUGUUCAUAUCUGUCCUCUGCAGACCACCUCAGUUCAUCUCUUUGCCCAAACAAUUGCAUGUUACUGAAGAUAUAAUUGGCCCAAAGUUUGGUGGGCUUCCGGGGAUUCAAAUAGCAUAUUCAGACACUGCAGAGAACAUAUCGGUUACAGUGAGAGCGCAGCACGGCAAUGUUCUUCUUGCUCCAAUGCCAAUGAAACCUCAACAUCUAUUAGAUGAUUCGCUUUCAAUCAGCAGGGUAGGCAGGUCUAGCCAAGCCUUGAAAAUACAAGGGAUGGUGGAGGAAAUAAAUGGCGCGCUAAAAUAUCUUCAGUAUAUUGGAAACGAAGACUUCUACGGAGAUGAUGCUAUAAUGCUACAUGCCAGGAACAGAAAUGGCAGGCAGCGCGAUGAGUUACACGUCUCCGUGGAUCCGGUCAAUGAUCCUCCGGUUAUACUGGCUCCGAAAUCGAUUUUCUUGGGUGGAAAAGAAUCAAGAGAUGGAUAUCAAAUCUUUGACAAGCAGAGAGAUCCAUUCGAGUUCUCGAUCGUCGAACCAGAUCUUCGUUGGUACCCAGGGAACAGGUCUGACCUUCUGCUAGUGCUCUCCUUGGAAGUCUUUGAAGGAACCUUGAUGAUGACAUUGCCAGCCAGUCUCGUCGGCAGGGCGGAGCUGAAGACCCAUGGCAGUAACCAGUGGCAGCCGCUUCAGACCUAUGUGGCCAUUGCGCAUCACUUGGUCUUGAGAGGAAUUGGCAUCAGGCUCCGCAUGGAUGUCGCUGACUGCAACAGCGCAAUGCACCGGCUGUUUUACCAAGAUGGUCCAAGCCAUGGCACAAGCUUAACCAUCACCGUAAACGACCUGGGGAACUAUGGGUGCUACCCAGAUUGUUCAGAGAUGAUGUCAAGGCCAUUGCAAGCAGAGAAGACUGUCCAGCUGAGCAAAAGGAAAGCUACGAACCCAACAAGAGCCAUCUUGAUGGGAUCAGCAAUCGCAGUCGAGAUCCUGGCAAUGCUAUGCCUCGGCGGGGUUCUUCUGUAUUUCCUCGUGAAAUGCAUGUUUGCGCUGCGAGUCAAACGAAGAGGCCGUGCCGGCGAUGAAGUUCGCACAUCAGAACGAACCAUGUCCCAUCAACUUAUGAGUUCGUCGCCCUUGGAUGAUGCUGGAUAUUGCUCUGCGCCUGCAGCGGUGCUCUCCUUAGGCGGAAACAGAUCGGGUUUUAGGCAGCGGUCUUGUAGGUCAUGCAAGCAGCAAGAACUGGAAAUGCAGCAGUUAUCUGGGAUCAGAAACGAUGGAAACCAAGAUGCUCAGCCUGCGGUAGACAAGGACAAGUAGAACCCUUGCAUGGAAUCCAAAUUUUCUUCUGUGAACUCCAAACAUAAUAAGUCUACCUGAAUGUUGUUCGUUAAAUCCUCAGUGCUUACUGCACAAAAAUUUGAUUGGUUUGGCAGGAGUUGUAUAUAGCGUAGUAGGCUCAUGAAACUGUCAAUAACCUGCAGCAUAUAUAUAAUCAUCAACGCGAAAGGUAGGUUUAAGAUUGCCAUCA